AUGAAGAAGGCUAACUUCCUCAGCAUGUUGAAAAGCGUUAUAACUCCAGAGAAGGACAAAGUUAAAAUGAAAGUAUACGGUGUACCUUCACAACCGUUACCAGAGAAACACGACUGUUCCGUGUUGGAUCUUGCCUUCGCUAUGGACUGUACAUCUAGUAUGGGAAGUUACAUAGAGACUGCCCGGAACAGUAUCCGCACCAUUGUGGAGGAAAUUGUGUCCAGUGAAAAAAGUGACGUACAUUUAGCCUUGGUGGAGUACCGUGACCAUCCUCCUCAAGAUCGAACAUUUGUGACGCGCCGACAUAACUUCACCUCCUCUGUUUCAAAAAUGAAGUCAUGGUUGGAUGACUGCAGUGCACAAGGAGGAGGUGAUUUUCCCGAGGCUGUGGCCGAUGCUCUGUACGACAUGCUUAAACUUUCCUGGAGGGAGAAUGCUACAAAGAUAUGUGUUCUGAUCUCAGAUGCCCCACCCCAUGGCCUGUCUCCGCAUGGAGACGAGUUUCCCAAUGGCUGUCCUAAAGGACUGGACCCUAUGAAUAUUGUGAGGGAACUCGCAGCUAAGGGAAUCACUCUAUAUUUUGUUGGUUGUGAACCGCCUAUCAAUCAAUACAAGGAAUUUUUCACAGCUAUCGCUUAUCUGACAGGAGCACAGUGCAUUCCACUCAGGGGGGCUAAGGCCCUCACCCAGGUAAUCAUCGGAGGGGCCCAGGAAGAAAUAUCACUAGAACGAUGGAUGGAUGAAGUGGACGAAGAGGUACAAAAAGAAAUAGCGGCUGGAAAUCAAAUAAAUGACGAUGAAAUGACGCGCCGAGCUCAGGCUAAAAUGGAUUCAAAAGGCAUCAGGGGCAAAAAGUUGCAGAGGAAUAAUUUAUAUUUAGAGGCAGCUUCUGAGACAUCUGUAAAACUGGCAGGUUUCGCCAACAUGGCAGACGUGAGUGCAAAUUUUCCGAAGGUCCCUGAUGUUAGUGACUGUCAGACAGAUUUUCACGUAAAUAGUUUAACGUCAUACGGAUUGGAGGCGACAUCGGAUGUAACACCUGAUUCGGACGUCUGGAAUACAGUGGAAAGCAGUAUUUCAUAUGAACAAGUGUCAAGAAUGAUGCAAAAGUCAAAGUCGAGGAAUAAUUACUUAUCUUAG